GGCUCAAGUCUAUUUUUGCUAAUUAUUUGAUGUCGCGGAAGUGCAGUAAAUAGGAUAUCUUUCACUGGGCGUAUGUACCAAAGGUGGGGACUCUAGCGCGGACGAGAUAUUAAAGACCCUGUUAUAUACAGAGUAUCACAAGAAGCUUGUCUUGUCAGGUGCUGAAUAGUGUUCAAAUAUGAGAGAAUAUAAAGUUGUUGUCCUCGGGUCCGGAGGUGUCGGGAAAAGUGCGCUGACGGUGCAAUUUGUGUCGGGUACAUUCGUUGAGAAAUACGACCCCACAAUUGAGGACUUUUAUCGGAAAGAAAUAGACGUCGAUGGCUCCCCAGCAGUGUUGGAGAUCUUGGACACUGCAGGUACGGAGCAGUUUGCCUCCAUGAGAGACCUGUACAUCAAGAACGGCCAAGGCUUCAUGCUCGUCUACUCUAUUAUAAACGCACAGACCUUCAUCGAUGUGCAGCCAUUGAGGGAUCAAAUUGCUCGUGUAAAAGGAAGUGGAAUGUCUCCGAUUAUCCUAGUGGGGAACAAAUGUGAUAUGGAAGCCGAGAGAGCCGUUGCCACGAGAGACGGAGAUAGUUUGGCACACGAAUGGGGAGCACCGUUUUUUGAGACGUCAGCGAAAACAAGUUUCAACGUUAGCGAAAUGUUUACCGAAAUUGUUCGUCAAAUUUGCAAAAAGAAUACAAAGAGCUCGUCAGGGUGCUGUACUGUUUUAUAAGAGUCCCUAGUUUUAUAAACAUUAUUAUUGUAAUAAUUAUAGUGCAUUUUAAAAUAGCCUCUGUUCUAGUCCGUGUUGAACAGCCUGUCAGCUCUGCACAUGAUACUAUGGUACCUAAUCUCAUGUAACGCUAGGAGUAGUUUGUUGCUGUGUAUGUAUUGAUCACACCUUUUUUUUCUGUUAUUUUUGUUGUCACCUCUUGUUGUGCUGUGUACUCCGUGACUGUGCCCAUGGUCUGCUAAUAACUCUCUCUCGUGAUAUACUCUAUUUAUUAUGACUGUCAAUAUAAAGCUGUCAAAUAUUGUGAA